AUGUGUGAGAAGUCAGUUGCCCUUGAUGCAGUCAUCAAGGAAGCUGUUGAUCUUACGUGUACAGAAAACAUUCCCCUCGAAGAGGUAUUUGAUAAUCUGAAGUGUACUAGGAAAGGUUUGAGCUCAGAUGCAGUUAAAGAACGAUUGGAUUUGUUUGGUUUCAAUAAACUUGAGGAGAAGAAGGAAAGUAAAGUAUUGAAAUUCUUGGGCUUUAUGUGGAAUCCUCUGUCUUGGGUCAUGGAGGCCGCUGCUAUCAUGUCCAUUGCUCUUGCAAAUGGAGGGGGCAAGGGUCCAGAUAUUCAAGACUUUGUUGGUAUCUUGCUUUUGCUCAUUAUCAACUCAACCAUCAGUUUUAUUGAGGAAAAUAAUGCUGGAAAUGCUGCUGCCGCUCUCAUGGCGCGGUUGGCUCCAAAAGCAAAGGUCUUGCGUGAUGGUAAAUGGAGUGAAGAAGAUGCUUCAGUGCUGGUUCCAGGUGAUAUCAUUAGUAUCAAACUUGGUGACAUUGUCCCAGCUGAUGCACGUCUUCUAGAAGGGGAUCCACUAAAAAUAGAUCAGUCUGCACUUACUGGAGAAUCCCUUCCAGUAACCAAGAAUCCUGGUGAUGGGGUUUAUUCAGGCUCAACAUGUAAGCAAGGUGAGAUUGAUGCAGUCGUAAUAGCUACUGGAGUUCAUACUUUCUUUGGCAAAGCAGCUCAUCUUGUGGAAAAUACCACACAUGUUGGGCAUUUCCAGAAGGUUUUAACAGCAAUUGGAAACUUCUGCAUUUGCUCCAUUGCUGUUGGAAUGCUUAUUGAAAUCAUUGUCAUAUAUGCAAUUCAAGAGAGAUCAUACCGAACUGGUAUUGAUAACCUUCUUGUACUUCUCAUUGGUGGUAUUCCAAUUGCAAUGCCCACUGUACUUUCUGUUACCAUGGCAAUAGGAUCACAUCGAUUGUCUCAACAGGGUGCAAUAACAAAAAGGAUGACGGCAAUUGAGGAAAUGGCUGGGAUGGAUGUCUUAUGCAGUGAUAAGACAGGCACACUUACACUUAACAAGUUGACAGUGGACAAAAAUAUGAUUGAGGUUUUCGCUAAAGGUGUUGACAAGGAUGCAGUUGUACUAAUGGCUGCAAGAGCAUCAAGGAUAGAGAAUCAAGAUGCUAUUGAUACAGCAAUUGUUUCAAUGCUAUCGGAUCCUAAGGAGGCACGAGCUGGAAUCAAAGAAGUUCACUUUCUCCCAUUUAAUCCAACUGACAAAAGAACAGCUCUGACAUAUGUAGAUAAAGCUGGGAAAAUGCAUAGAGUAAGCAAAGGUGCACCAGAGCAGAUUCUCAAUCUAGCAUAUAACAAGUCAGUGAUUGAGAAAAAGGUACAUUCCAUCAUUGACAAAUUUGCAGAUCGUGGUCUUCGUUCUCUUGGAGUUGCAUAUCAGGAAGUGCCUUCAGGCAACAAAGAUGGUCCUGGUGGCCCCUGGGAAUUCAUUGGCCUUCUCCCGCUUUUUGAUCCACCCCGACAUGAUAGUGCAGAAACAAUUAGAAGAGCGCUUGACCUGGGAGUCAGUGUGAAAAUGAUAACUGGUGACCAGUUGGCAAUAGCUAAGGAAACAGGAAGACGACUUGGAAUGGGCACAAAUAUGUAUCCUUCUUCAUCUUUGCUUGGAGGCAGCAAAGAUGAAGCAGUUGCAGCACUACCAAUAGAUGAACUUAUUGAGAAAGCUGAUGGUUUUGCUGGAGUCUUUCCUGAACAUAAAUAUGAGAUUGUAAAAAGACUACAAGCACGAAAGCACAUUUGUGGAAUGACUGGAGAUGGAGUAAAUGAUGCACCUGCACUAAAGAUAGCUGACAUAGGUAUUGCAGUAGCAGAUUCAACUGAUGCUGCUCGAAGUGCCUCUGACAUUGUUCUGACAGAACCUGGCUUAAGUGUGAUCAUCAGUGCUGUCCUAACAAGCCGUGCAAUUUUCCAAAGAAUGAAAAACUAUACGAUAUAUGCUGUGUCUAUCACUAUUCGUAUUGUGUUAGGAUUCAUGUUGCUGACAUGUAUUUGGAAAUUUGAUUUCCCUCCUUUCAUGGUUCUUGUCAUUGCCAUCCUGAAUGACGGUACAAUCAUGACAAUUUCCAAAGACAGGGUCAAACCUUCCCCAGUUCCAGACAGUUGGAAGCUUAGUGAAAUUUUUGCCACAGGGGUUGCUCUUGGUGCUUACAUGGCCGUGACUACUGUUAUAUUCUUUUAUGUGGCAUAUGAAACUAGCUUCUUUAAGAAUGUUUUUAACGUAAGGAAUUUCAACAAGCACGAAUUCGAUAUGUCCAACGAUGAGGUAGCUAAGCGCCUCAAUCAAAUGGUGGCAUCAGCAGUUUAUCUCCAAGUCAGCACCAUCAGCCAGGCCCUAAUUUUUGUGACUCGCUCGAGGAGUUGGUCAUUCAAAGAGAGACCUGGUUUCCUCCUAGUAACAGCCUUUGUUAUUGCACAGCUGAUUGCAACUGUAAUAUCUGCCACUGCAACCUGGGGUUUUGCUGGAAUCAGAAGCAUUGGCUGGGGUUGGACCGGUGUCAUCUGGUUAUACAAUAUCAUCACCUACAUGCUUCUUGAUCCCCUUAAAUUCUUGGUUAGAUAUUCACUCAGUGGAAAAGCCUGGGGUCUGGUGGUGGAAAAAAGGACUGCAUUCUCCACCCAAAAGAACUUUGGAAGGGAAGCCCGUGAGGCUGCUUGGGCCACGGAGCAACGGACACUACAUGGCCUCUAUGCUCCUGAGCCAGUGAAGCUUAUAGAUCGCAAUAGCACAUUCCAGGAGAUGAAUAACAUGGCUGAAGAAGCCAGAAGGCGUGCAGAGAUUGCAAGGUUGAGAGAGCUUCACACCCUUAAGGGCAAGGUGGAGUCUUUUGUCAAGCUGAAGGGAAUAGAAAUUGAUGCCAUUAACCAGAACUACACUCUUUGA